AUGAGUAAUGAGGGUGUAACCAUAAACAUAUCUAAAGAUGAAACUACGACUAAUGGUGAUUCGCAUGGGCAACAUUUCUAUACCGAAGAUGGAGAAAGGGUCAUAGUUCAUGAUAGUUACCCAAGUGAUAUAGGUAACUUCUACAAGGUAAUUCACACUCCAGACGGUGGAAAACAUAUUGACAAGAUAAAACAGAAUGAUACUGAUCUUACCGGCUUCAAUGCUGAUUUGGACAAGUACCCAAAUGUAGCUGUAUACUUUUUUCUUGAGGAGAGAUCUGAGGGUCCUGGAACUCCAUUGAUAAUCCAAUUUGGAGACAAAGAUAUAUAUUAUGUAUAUGACCAAAAGGACAAUUGGAAAAAAGCUGAAGGGAUAAAUUCUACAACACUUGCAAAUGACCUCCUUAAGCAAAGAUGUAAGAGAAAUAAAACUCAUAAAAUAGAGCUUUCCAGACAAUUUCAGUAUAAUUGUCCCAUUUGUGAAGCCCAAAUUGAAGUUGAAAGGCAACAGGUAUAUACAAAGUAUAGUCUAUACAAACAGUAUAUUGCGGAAGAGGAUCAUUUUUCGGUUUCCUCAUUUGUUAUUGGAAAUACUCCCCAGACAGGUAUUACCCUCCCAAAAGAAAUAGAAAACUUGUAUGUAUACUUUCAUCCCAGCGAAAAUGGAUCUCCUCUUAUUAUUUACGUACCUCCGGAGGAUGAUGAUGAACUUUCCAAUAAAGGUACAUUUUGGAAGAAAUCUUAUAGGAAAGGCACUAUUUGGGAAAGGGAAGAAAAGGAUAUUUCACCAUCUAAUCCGUCUGAGGACCCUAAAAUUGUAGAAAUAAUUGGUAAAAUCCCGGAAACUCCUCCAAAAUCAGACCGACAAACUUCUGGAGUUUCCCCUGAAGCUAUAGCGGGAAUAUCUUGUGGAGUACUAGGAAGUGGAGCUGCCAUUAGUGUUGGAAUCUGGAGGGGUCCUGCUAUAGUUUCAGCACUGAAGGCCGCAUUAUGA